AUGGCGGAUUCUUCUAAGAAGGCCAAACGCAGCGGCAAGGCCAAUGCUGAUGCGGUAAUAACCGACAAGCGUUUCGCCAAUAUACAGAAUGACCCUCGAUACCGCUUGCCCAGCAAACGCCAUACCCAUGUCAAACUAGAUAGCCGUUUUUCGCACAUGCUGCGUGACAAGGACUUUUCCAGAAAUGCCGCAGUAGAUCGUUAUGGCCGCAAGUUGAAGCGUGACGACACCAAGAAACAACUCGAGAAAUUCUACCAAUUGGAAGACGACGAGGCCGACAAUACAUCCCAGAUUAGCGUUGACGAUGACAGUGACGUGCUGAAAGAAUUGGAAAAGGUGAACAAGCGGGGGUAUGACCCUGCGCGCGAUGGCGGUUUCUCAGAGUCGUCAUCCGACGAGUCAUCGAGCGAGGAGGAAGAUGAAGAGGACACUGCCGACACAGUCGAUGAGGUGGAAUUUCCAAGUCAGCAGCAAUCAGAUGUUCCAUUAGGAGAGGUGACCAAUCGGAUUGCGGUUGUGAAUCUUGACUGGGACAACAUUCGUGCUGAGGAUUUAAUGGCUGUCUUCUCAAGUUUUACGGCCGGCGGCCGAAUAAAAAAGGUUUCAAUCUAUCCGAGCGAAUUUGGGAAAGAAAGGAUGGAAAGAGAGGAAAUGGAGGGGCCGCCGAAGGAAAUUUUCGCGACCAAGUCUGAUGCCGAUGACCUGGAUUACGAAGAGGAGGAAGACUCUGAAGAGGAAGAAGAAGCCAUAAAGAAGUCUAUUCUGAAGGAGGAUGAAGGCGCCGAGUUUAACACAACAAAGUUACGACGUUAUCAGUUGGAGAGACUGCGGUACUUUUAUGCAAUAAUUGAAUUUUCUACCAAGGAAGCAGCCAAGAAAGUUUAUGAUGUCGUCGAUGGCACUGAAUACCUCACGAGCGCCAACUUUUUUGAUCUUCGCUUUGUUCCCGAUGAUACUGACUUCUCAGAUGAUAAACCACGAGAAGAGUGCGAGCGCAUACCUGACGGAUACAGACCAUCCGAUUUUGUCACAGACGCUCUUCAACACAGUAAAGUGAAGCUUACCUGGGACGCCGAUGACAAAGUCCGGAAGGAUGCACAAGCCAAAGCUUUCAAAGGUGGACGGAAGGAAAUUGAGGAAAAUGAUCUAAAAGCCUACCUUGCGAGUGAUAGUUCUGAUGAUGAAGACGAAGAACAGGUGGAAGUCAUUGACGCCACCGCCACCUCUACGGGCAGAUCGGCGACCUCGAGCAUAUCAAAGAAAGAGGCUGAGCGACAACGAAUGCGUACAUUACUUGGAUUAGGUGAUGAGCCUCCAGUGCCCUCCAAAUCGAAGGGACCCGUGGGUGAUAUGGAGAUCACUUUUACGUCAGGCUUGGCCGGUGAGCCAACUCGAGACUCUGUCUUUGAGAACGAGCCGGAGAUCGAGGAGACAACAGUGGAGAAGUAUAUUCGCAAGCAAAGAGAGCGCAAGAAACAGAGAAAAGAGAAAAUGAAAGCUAUAAAACAGGGGGGAAAUGGUGCGAUCGACGAUGCCAAGAAGGGAGAAGCUCAGAAUGAAAGCGCUGAGGAAGACCUUGGUUUUGAUGAUCCUUUCUUUGAUGAGCCUGAGGGCAAGGUCAAGAAUUCUCAGCGCAAAGAAGAACGACGCAAGAAGCGCGAAGAGAAGGCCGCCGAAGAGGCAGCCGCAGCCGCCAAGCGAGCUGAACUCGAGCUUCUGAUGGUCGAUGAUAAGUCUGCAGGAAUGGCACACUUUGACAUGAAUGAGAUUGAGAAAGCAGAGAAGAAAGCGCGCAAGAAGGGCAAGAAAGGAAAAGCCAAGCAGGAAACAGACCAGACAGUUGCUGGUGAUGACUUCCGGAUGGAUGUCUCUGAUCCUCGGUUUUCUAAUCUGUAUGAGAGCCAUGAGUUUGCCAUUGAUCCUACGAACCCCAAGUUUAAGGCUACUUCGGGAAUGAAAGCGCUCCUUGAAGAAGGCCGUAAACGCCGACGAGUAGGUGGCGGUGAUGACGAUAUACCUGCAGAGACGUCAAAGAAGCAGAAGAAGAACUUGGCAAAGCGUGAUAACCCUACAGAGGAUGUGGAUUUGAAGAAGCUCGUUGCACGGGUAAAGAGCAAAACAAAGAAGACAUGA